AAGACUUUAAGAAUUCUUCCCUUGGAACACGUCCAAAGACUCCACAUGCAAAUCUCUUUCGUCCCAAAUUGCCACCAACCGUUGAGCCCCACGUAGCCUCUCUUUCGCACGACUACAUAACACUUUGUCUCCGUUUUCCAAAUGUCUCUGUCAAGGUAAAAAAGGUCUGACAGCACAGAACUUGAUCGCCUUCUGCACCUAUUUCAGUUUUCAAAAUUGAAAUUUUCUCAACCACCCUAUUGAUUUUUAACUCAUUUCUCUCCACCCAGAACCUCAACAAAAGAAUCCCAGGAAAAAAAUUGAAAAAGCUGGAGAAUCAGGAGCGGAAGACAAGCCUAAGCUCUUGUUCAGUCGAAGUUAUAUUGUUCAUUUUUUUUUGAGCUAUCUAAGGGUUUAUGGAACGAACCCAUGUGAUCCUUAUCCUUGAUUCUUCAUAAAAGAGGGAAUCAGAAGUACCCAGAUUUAAAUAUUUCAUCUUUUGCCCAAACCAUAAUAUUGUUUUUGAACCGAAAUUUUUUAGAAGGCUGUUUCAAAGAAGAGAAAUUAAGAAAUUUGGGGCUGAACCCGUUUGAGCUAGAUGCAGGAAAUAUUAGAAGAGGAGAGAAAAUCAAGUGUUUGGCAGCAAAACUAGAUCUUGAUUUCCCUUGAACAGUUUUGUGUUCUUGUUUUUAUUGGGCGUUUAGUGAUUGUUUGCUUAAUGGAAUCACCAUUAUCACCCAUUUUGAUCAAUCGAUGCCUUGUUUUCACCUUUUUUGCUCUUUUUAAUCAGUUAAAUUCACAAAUUAAUGCAAAUAUAAGCCCUCCACCGCCUCUCCCACAACCUCCGGCGACUCCACCACCACUAGCACCGCCACCACCAUCUGAUGGAUUACGCCCAGUUCCACCUCCUGAAUCACAAUCCCCAGCAGAAACGCCGUUGAAUCCCGCCCCGCUGCCGCAUGCGCAAUCGCUCCCCAAUGCCUUAUCUGAUCAAAUCAACAAAUCCCCAGCAAUUUUUCAGUUUGGUGUAGUGGGGUUCUUGGCGUUCAAGAGAAGGCAGCUUUUACAAAUCACUGACAGAUAUGGAACUUGCUCUGCUUGAAAUUUAUUACUAUAAUUUUUUUGUUAUAGGUUUUUUGGAAGUUUGUCAUAUCGUUGCUCCUUUGUUUGGGAAAUCGAAUUAUAAUGUGGAAGGUUAUUGAUUGAAUUGGAUUGGAAUGAGUUUAUGGGAUGUCAGGAUUUUAUGGGAUUGGAUUCAGAUUCUUUGAUAAUGAGCUGCUAAGGGCAAGGCAAUGAAGGAUUGAUGAAUGAUGGUACAUAUAAACAAAUUGAGUGUGAAGCAUUGGUGUCUUCAUUGAGUUCUCUGUACAAAAAAGGGCAUAUUGGCAUUUUGUUCAUCAUGUUAUAUAUUUUCAUUUCAGUUAUGCGGUUUUGUCUACACGGCUGAUAAUUUAAGGCUGGAGAAACCCUUUUCCCUACAGUUGUGUGUUCUUGAACGUUGUUAUAUUUGUCAGCUAACUGUGUGACUUAAUGAUAAAUAGAGAGGUCAUCUAAGGAUCACAAUGACAGUAUUUAGUCACUUUAAAUGCUUGUUAUUUUGAUUCGCAUCUCUUAAAGACUUGUGUCAUGUUUAAGACGCAUUCUGAAUCAUUUUUGUGAAAAUUGUUGCUAUUUUUCCUGUCCA